AUGAAAGAAAAAAGGCAUAAAAAACACAAGAAAAAUAAACGGUCAAAAGAAAAACUUAAAUCAGAUGAUUCUGAUGGAAACUCUUCAGCGUCGGAUAAAUGGGUAGAGAUGCCACAAAACAAAGACUCUGGUCAUGAUGAAUGGAUGUCGAUGAGUGGUAUGAUAAAAACAUAUACUAAGGACGAUAUCAAACCUAAAUUGGAAAAACCAAAAGCUCAUAUAGAUUCAUACAAUCCUAGUACAAGCGGUAGAGAACUCAAUCCAUAUUGGAAAGAUGGAGGCAGUGGGCUCCCUCAAACUCCUGACCAAUUUCGUAAAGCAAAACCUUUUGUGAAACCUUCUGAUGAUGAGGAUAGUUAUCUUUCUAAAAAAAACAAAACAAGGGACUUGAAUUGUCAUCGGCAAACUAACAUAGCCAGUAAAGAUUUAGAUUUUAGGGAUUAUAAACGGUCUCAUAACUGGCGUAAAGAUAGAGAAGUGGAGUUGAAAUGUGAAUCUUCUGAACAAAAACAAGAAACCAAUUUACAAAAAAGUGAAUACAUAGAAGAAAGUAACACUGCAUUCUUGAGCGACGAGAAAAUGAAUAAACUAGGUGCAAAAAUUGUCAAAGCAGAAAUAAUGGGUGACCAUCAACUAGUUAGCAAAUUAAAGGACAAAUUAGAAGCAGCUAGGGAAUACCGUAAAAAUAAUCCAGUAAUUAUUAAUGAAGAUGAUGGUAUAAUGUUAAUUUCUACUAGUGCUAGUGGAAGCAGCCGUCCAUUAAUAAAAAAUCACUAUGAUGGAGACUCCCGGAGCAAGGGUGGUAAACGUAAAGCAGAAACAUAUGAUGUUGGUGGUCGAUGCAAAUAUUUUGGUAAUGAUGAUAAAUAUAAUCUCUCAGAAAUGUUCCAACAAGAAAAGUAUGGUACAAACUAUGAUGCAGAUGCAGAAUUAGCCAAAAUAUCAAGUAAAAGUAAAAACCCAAAUGAUGAUUUAGAAGAUAUAUUUGUGGAUGAAAUAUCAAAGAAUAGAAAUGAUGCCAAAGACAGUGAAAGAGAAAGACAAAAGGCCAUAAACCAGAGUGUAAAGUUAGAAAAGUCUUUAGAUGGAUGUGAGCAUUGCUUUGAUUCAAAGAAUAUGAUUAAACACCUUGUUGUAAGUUGUGGUAAUAAAGUAUACAUGGCAGUUCCAGCUAGAAAAUCACUUGUCAAAGGACACUGUAUUAUAACCACUAUCCAACAUUAUACCUGUGUUACAGCUCUUGAUGAAGAUGUCUGGGAAGAAAUCAUGGUUUACAGGAAAUUAAUUACACAAUAUUUCAACUCGCAGAAUAAAGAUGUUGUGUUCUAUGAAACAGCUAUGAAACUGCACAGAUAUCCUCAUGUUGUCAUAAAUUGUGUUCCAUUGCCUCGGGAUGUAGGUGACAUGGCGUCAAUAUACUUCAAAAAGGCAUUACUUGAAUGUGAAGCCGAAUGGUCCAUGAAUAAGAAAGUAGUUGACCUCAAAGGCAAAAACAUUAGAAAGGGCAUACCUAAAGGCUUGCCCUACUUUUGGAUUGAUUUUGGUGUAGAUCCAGGGUUUGCUCACGUUAUUGAGGAUCAGUCAAUGUUUCCAAAAACAUUUGCUGAGGAAAUCAUUGCUGGAAUGUUAGAUUUGGAUCACACAGUAUGGAAAAAUCCUCAAAAAGAAUAUGGAGAGUUACAAAGGAAAAAGGUAAUGGAAUUUGUAAAUGAAUGGAAACCAUUUGAGAGAAGCAAUAAAAAUUAA